CCUGAUAGGAAACCUCAAUCCUAUCCAAAUAAUGCAAACUUACUUUCAGCUGGUGGAGAAGCCUAAUGGUACUUUCCCAGUAAGCAUACAGCCGUGACGGCGUCUCGGGCUCGGCGCGAUGCGGGGAAACCACGGAUUUCACGCCGAACAUCUGAUUGCCCCUCCUUUGCUCAUGCUGCUUUUAAACUUGUGACUUCUCCUGCAUCGAAUUCAAUUUCUCAUACAAAAUUCAUCUGCCCAACUGCAAACAUGUCUCCCCAAGGCUUCAGAUUGCAAGGAAAGGUUGCCAUUGUCACCGGAGGUGGCUCUGGCUUUGGCGCUGCGAUUGCUCGUCGAUUUGGCGAAGAAGGCGCCAAGGUGCUGGUCGCAGACAUCAACGUUCAAGGAGGCGAGCAGGUCGCUGCGCAGAAUCCCGGCAACCUCAAGUUCCAGCGCAUGGAUGUUACACAAAAGUCCGACUGGACGGCCAUUGUUGAUUUGGCCUUCUCCGAGUACGGAAGACUGGAUAUUUUGGUGAAUAAUGCCGGAACUAGCUAUCGGAACAAGCCUACCGCCGAAGUAACCGAGGAUGAGUGGGAGCGAGUGUUUAACGUCAAUGUUAAGAGCAUCUUCUUGGCUGCUCAGGUAGUGAUGCCGAAAUUCAUCGAGCAAGGUCAGGGUGGCUCUAUGAUCAACAUUUCUUCAACUGGUGCUAGUCGUCCUCGGCCGGGUUUGGUAUGGUACAAUGCCUCCAAGGGCGCCGUGACAAAUGCUACUAAGGGUCUUGCAGCCGAGUAUGGUCCUCAUAAUAUUCGAGUCAACAGCGUCGCCCCCCUGUUGUCCGGUACCGGCCUCUUUUCCAUGUUCACCGGCAUGGAGGAUACCCCUGAGAACCGCCAGAAGUUCAUUGGGAACGUUCCCUUGGGUCGCUUGACCGAGGUAGAUGACAUUGCUAACAUCUGCCUAUACCUUGGUAGUGACGAGGGCAGCUUUGUGAACGGUACUGAAAUGGUUAUUGAUGGCGGAAAGUGUAUUUAAGCCUCGAUAUCAAUCCACGUCCGUUUUUGAUAACGGGCGCAAUUGUCACCAUAAAUUAUUCCACCAAGUCUAUCCCUUUGAAUUCGACAUUCAGGUCGUG